ACCUUCCCUACUCACGCUCGCCUUGCUCUGCGCCGCCCAGAAAACCCCAGCCCACCCAGAGCGCCACCGGCACCGCAAUGUCCAGCGACGACGAGCUCCGCGGCCUCCUAGUACAGGAAGCCACCACCGCUAUCGUCUCCGGCGCCGAUCCCUCCCGCCCCUCGGCCCGAUCGGCCCACUUCCUCCUCCCCCGCGCGGGGGGCGCUCGCCUCCCCGCUCUGCCGUCCCCGCCCCGCAAUGCCGACCCUGUUCUUGGCGACGAGCUCCCUGUGGAUUGGACGGCCUGGCCCGGCUCCUCGAAGCUGUGGAGGCGGUGGGUGGCCAGGCUCCGGCCGCGGCAUGAGCGCCUGUGGCGGAAGCUUGGGAUCUUGGACGCCGUCCUCGCAACCACCGGCUGGGUGCGGCGGGACGAGGGCCUGCUGCUGCAGCUCGCGGCUUUCUGGUCCGGCGACACCAACACGUUCGUCUUCCCGUGGGGCGAGGCCACGGUGACGCUGGAGGACAUGGCCGUGCUCGGGGGCCUGCCCCUGCUGGGCCGGCCGGUGUGGUCCCGGCUCCCGGACGAGCUCCGCGGCGACGUGGACGCGCUCGAAGCCGCCCGGAUCGCGCCCAACAGAUGCACGAACAACAAACCCUCGUUUGCCCAGUGGGUUAAGCGAUUCGUGGAGCCGCCGACGGGGGAGGUCGCUGCCGCCGGCAGAGGAGAGGCCGAGGCGGCCACAUUGCUCGAGCACGGGGCGUUUCUGGCCAUGUGGUUGACCAGAUACGUGCUUCCGGCGCCGCCAUUCGACGUGGUCAGACCGGACGUGUUCCCCCUCGCCGCCGGACUGGCGCGCGGCAGGUGCUCGGCCCUCGCACCCGCCGUUCUUGCCAACAUCUACAAUGACCUCUCCGCACUCAGUCACCACUUAAGCUUGGGCACCACCCAUCAGCCGUUCGUGGCGAGUGCGCCACUGCACAUCCUCCAGCUAUGGGUCUGGGAGCGCUUCCCAGAGCUUCGUCCUGAGACACCAAACACUGCCUCCCACGGCGACGAUCAGGGCAUGCCGAGGGCUGUCAAGUGGCACAACAUCAGAAACCCGCUUGAUCCUGGGUACAUCCACGCCGUGCUCAUGUCCCCGGAGGAGUUCGAAUGGAGGCCUUAUGGAGGCAGUAGCUUUGCUCUGCCACAAGGCAAAGAUGGCUGCUGGGUGCACUGCCAUGUUGUAGCAACAAGCAAGGAGCUGCAAUCCUUUGCGCAGUGUCUGCUACCUUGUGAACUCGUCGGCAUGCAAUGCAUCGAGCACUACUGUCCGCACCGCGUCGCAAGGCAGCUGGGCUUCGAUCAAGACGUGCCCGGGACUAUCCCCCGUGCCAAUUCAUGUCGAAAGACCGCGUGGGCGACAUACAGGAUGCGGCCUGAAGACGUUUCCUUUUUCGUUCCGCAACGUGAUCCGGGCAUGACGGUUGAAUAUGCACAAUGGUGGAAGCCUUACUCGUCGGCAUGUGCUGCUGCUGUUGCUAAUGCUGCAAGGAUGAAACAACUUCAUGUCGCAGUUAUUAGCCCAAGAACCAUGAAAGCUGAAGGGCUCCCUGCCCCUGCUGGUGUAGGAGAUGCGCAGGACUGCACCGAGUCGUCCAAAGAUAUCAUCAUGGUGCACAACAAUUGUGGUUAUGAGCUUGCUAAUAAUGUCCAAAGUGAUACCACUCCCAGUCAAGGAUCCACAGUUAAUAAAGUAACUCAUGUCACUAGUGUUGAUGUCUUUGUCUUAGAAGGAUCCAUUGAUGAUGAGGUGCAGACACACAAUGUCACAGAAAAGGAAGUUCAGAGAGCGAAGGUGGAUACAGAAAGCUCAGGUGUUUUGGAAGGAAACAAUGAUGAUGCAUCUUGUGAUGGUCUAGUAUAUGGAAACAGUGAAAUGGUCAAGAGAGUAAUUUCUACCAAAACACUCUACUAUCUUAGACCAUUCGAGUGGGUGAAAGAUGCCCAGGUCAGAGAUUCAAGAGCCACCAAUGCAGGUCAAGUGAUUCUCCAACCAGGACGGGAAGUCGGGACACCGGAAAUGAUUAGAGAGGCGUCUGAAGCUCGAGAAGCAGAAAAGGUUGAGUUGGAAACAAUAAUCACUCGUCUCAAGGAACAAGUUGUCGCGCUAGAGAUGCAGUUGCGGGACAGGACAACCUCUAAAAUUUGAGGUAUAACUUAACAUAAUAUCAUAACGGUAGCUUGGGUCUUUAGAAGACAUCUCCUGAUGAAGAGUGCCACAAUAUGGUGGGCUAGUCUUGCCGGUGAAAUGAUCUUCAUCAGAUAAUUGUGAGUGAAGAAACUGCAGCGCUUACACCCCAUUAGACUCUAAUUGUAUGUUCCUGGUUGCUUUUUCUGUAUGUUAACUUGUGAAAUUCAGGGGAAUACAUAACUGCUAGUUUGUUUGGUACUAGUAUAUAUAAACCCUAUGCAAUCUUCACAUUAAGCUGAGAUAGA